UUUUGUUCGGUUGCUCGCUUCAAUCUUCCAGCAAGGAUUCGGCGGAAAAGAAAAUAAUUUAAAUUAGAAAUCCGUUAAAUUAGCUGGCAGCCCCUGUCGACGACAAUGCCGUUGGUCGCGUGCAAAAGAUCGUCUCCCCUCCGCCAGCCCGAUUGGGAUGCUACUCUGGUGAAACGGCGUUUCCAGGGCAGACGUUAAUUAGAGGGAAAUAAACCAAUUUUUUUAAACAUUUGAGAGAUCAUGGAGGAGAAGAGAGCUGCUUCUGUAGAUUUCGUCAAGGAUUUCCAGGAGUAUCUCACUCAACAAACCCAACAUGUGAACAUGAUAUCUGGCUCUGUUGGUGUGGAGAAGGACCCAGAAUCUCUACAAACUGGAUCAGAAAAUGAUCAAAAUGGAAUGCAUCAUGCUUCAGUUGAAGUUUCAUUGGAUGAUGGCUCUGGGCUAAUGGCUGAUGGGCUUGAAAGAACAUAUGAUGGAAAACUAAAGUGCCGAUAUUGCAACUAUGCUAGUAAAGGGACCGCACGUCUGAUGGAGCAUAUCAGAAUGCACACAGGUGAGAAGCCCCACAGAUGUCACCUAUGCCCGUUUGCUUCAGCGUAUGAGCGGCACCUCGAAGCACACAUGCGCUCACACACAGGUGAAAAACCAUACAAAUGUGAGCUUUGCUCUUUCUGCUGCAGUGAUCGAAGUAACCUAUCCCAUCACCGUAGACGUAGGCACAAACUUCUUCCCUUGAAAGGUGCUAGGACCUGCUUGACCAAUAAGAAAAUGUUGGGCAUUUUGCAGAAAAAAACUAACAACUCCCUGAGUUAUGGGACAAGACUUCUGAUUAAUCUAAGUCCUUCUUCCAUGAUGGUACCGAAGCCAGAUUACCUCAAUGACUUUUCUCAUGAUAUGUCAGCUAACUCCUAUGAGGGUUUGCAAAAAGUACAGUCUGUUGGGAUCUCAAGGGACACGCAAGAUAUUAUGGUGGAUAAUCCAUUAAACCAGCUUUCUACCUUAGCAGGCCAAUUGUCCAGCAUUCCACCUGAAAACCAAGCUCCAGCAUCUCCUGAGGUGGUAGCCUGCAGGGAUGAAAAACCAUAUGUGAUCUCACAGUCUACAGCUCCAGUCGUUUCCACGGUAGCUUCCAGUGUGGCCCAAAGCUCAUCUCCUGUCAGUCCAGAUGCAUGUCCCAUGCAAAAUCAGCGGAACUUCAGUCCUGUGGCUGGCCCCAGUAGUGAGCAUAGUGCUCAUACAAGUACACCUAGCGUGACGAACAGCCAGCCUAGCACCCCUGCUCCUGCACUUCAGGUCCAGGAUCCCCAACUUCUGCAUCAUUGCCAACACUGUGACAUGUAUUUUGCAGACAAUAUCCUUUACACUAUUCAUAUGGGGUGCCAUGGUUACAAGAACCCAUUCCAAUGUAACAUAUGUGGAUGUAAAUGUAGAGACAAAUAUGACUUUGCUUGUCAUUUUGCUCGGGGUCAACAUAAGCAGAAUUAACAUUACAGCACCUAAUUAAGAGCUGGUAUUCAAUUUCAAUACGUAUUAGACUAAUGUUGCUUCAU